AGUAAAAAUUUUUAAAAUGUCUGUAAUAACUGUAGAUAGAAAUUAAUAUCUGAUAAUAUUACGUGAAUGUUAUAAAAGAACAAACUCUUUUACAAUUAUAAUUUCAAAGUGGCAUUCGUAUAAUACAAAUGAUUUUUAAAUAUUAAUAAGAUUUUAUAAAUCUUAAAAAUAAUAAUAUAUCUUAAAUCUUAAAAAUUAUGUAUCUAUUGAGAAACAAAUUGUACAUUGACAAGUUAUGAUAACGGUGUUUAUAAAUAAUAAAAAUGAUAUGAAAUAUUGAUAUGUUUUUAAUAAUAUUUAAUUACCGUGAAAAUAACACUAUUAAAAACGAAAAUCCUAAAUAUUAUUAAAUAAAAAUACGUGAAAAUGUGUGACCUUAUAGAUUUAAAUAGCCCUGAUAUAAAGGGUUCAUUAAGUUCAAGACUUGCAUCACCUUUAAUACCAGUUCCUACAGAUAUAUGCAAGAAUUUUAAUACUCGAAAAAAUGAACAAAAUUCUCUAAUAAUAGGAAAACGUGAUAGUUUAGAAAACAAUCCUUUUGAUAUGGUAUUACAUAAAACUACAGAAUAUAUUCAAAAAAAAGAUGACCCUUUUGAAAUGACUUUAGAAAAAGCAAUGAAAUUAAAAUGCAAACAGAAGUCUUCAUUAAGAUCAUCUUCUCUAGAUUUACCAGAUAAUUCAAUUGUUAAACAAAAAAUAUAUACACAAAAAUUAAAAAUGAACCAAACAGCAGAUGAAUUAUUAAUCAAUAAAUUAAGUACAAAUAAUAUAAUUACUAAUAAAAUAUCUAAUGAAAAUAUAAUUGUUAAUGUAAGUAAUGCUAAUAUGUUAUGUAAUAAUUCAAAAUCAGAUGUACCUAUUAUUGAGAUUCAAGAUAAUGACUUAUCUAUUUUAAAUCAAUCUGAAAUGAAUGAUAUAUUAUUUGAAACUGAUAAUAAAUCAAAUAAAAAUCAAAUAAAAUCUAUUUUACAAAAUAAAAUGUCAUUACAUGUGCAGAAAGAUAAAAUAAAUAUGGAACAAAUUCCAUUUUCUAAUGUAACUUUAAAAGUUCCAAAAUUUAGACGUUCUUUUUCACAAGGAGAAGCUAUAUCUCCAAAAGAAUCGCAAUAUCUACAUCAAGUAUCAUUAUUUGAAUCUUUAGGAAUUGAUUCAGAUAAUAAUAUUAAUAUAUAUUCUUCAAAUUCACUUGAUUUAUUGAAUGAAGGAUUUUUAAAAAGUUAUUCUAAUGAAAGUUCUAUUUCAAAUUUAUCAAAUAUUUCUUCUAUACCUAAAUUAAAUUCUGUUUCUUCAACAAUCAAUUCAUCAAUAAUGUUAUCAAAUGGAACUAUGAAUCGUACAUUUUUAGAAAGCUGUUCAUCAGAAAAAUCACAAAAUACAAAAUUAAGUGAAAACAUGGAUUUGAAUAAAGAAGUAAAAUCUAUAUUUCCAAUAGAAAAGGAUUUAAUGACAUCAGUAGCAAAUACAUCCAUAAAAACUUCAAUAUCUGAUUUAACAGAUCGAUUUAAUAAAUUAAAAGCAAAGGUAUCAGAAACUCAUAUUGAAAGUUGUAUGAAUAAUAAAGAUGAAUUUACAUAUAAUUCUUCCAAUAUAAUAAAAGAAUGUAUAACUGUAAUGGAAAAAAAUGAAAAAUAUGAUAUGAAUAAUAAAUUAAUAGAUGUCGAUGUAUUUACACCAGACAAUAAUAAAGAAUACUGUAAAAAUUCUAUUUCAGAUACAUCAUCAGAUUCUGUUUUUCUUUUUAAAUAUAUAUAUGAAAUAACAAUUUUAAAUAAUAAUUUGUUUUACUAUCUAGCAAGUAUGGAUGAUUUCAUUACAAACAAUUCUUUAUGGACAUUAGAGUUGUUACCAGCCUUUGAUGAUGAAACUUCUGUUGAAAAUUUGAUCGAAUUGCCUACAUCUCCUGAGGGAACAGAUACAAAAUCAAAAAAUGUAGAAAUUACAGAGAAUAAAUGUAAUGAUUCAAAUAAAAAUAAAAAAAAUGAAUUUAGCGAUAAUGUGAAAGUAAAAGAUUUAGAAAUGGAACUUGUUGAACCAAUAUUAGUAGAAAAACGUUUUACUGCAGUAACGCUUUUAUUAGAACUUAAAAAAUUAAUUGAAACAGAAAAUAAUGUAGAAGCAAAUAAAUUAGUGAAAAAUUUGGAGAAAGCUUUAGGCAUUAAUUGUGAGAAUAAUACUGAAUUAUUGACUACUUAUCUUAAUGCAACUAAUAAUUUAGCAAAAAGUCCAGAAAAAUCAAAUAAUAAUUUGAAUAUGAUAAAAAAUGUAGCAGAACAUAGUAUGGAACACAGUCAAGAAAAUAAUUUAAUUAGUAAUUCUAUAGAAAAUAUUAAGGAACCAGAAUUUUUUGAAAAAACAAGCUCUAAUGCAAGUAAAUGUAUUGACAAUCAAAAAUAUUUAAAUAAUGUAAAUUAUAAAUCAAAAUGUGAAACUCCAGAAACAGAAAUAUAUAUUGAAAAGAUAAAGAAAGAAAAAGAUGAAAAUGAAAUUAUUUCCCAUAAUAAUGAAAAUUCUUACAAACAAGAAAAUAAUUUAAUAAAUGAAAAGAUGGUAAUUGAACUUCUUGCAAAUAUAGGAAAGUUAUUAUGUGAACAGACUGAUGAACAUCCAACUUUGAAUGUACUUAAAAAUUUAGGAAAAGUAUUAAAUUUUACAUCUAAUAAUUGUAAUGUUGAUAAGAAUACAAAAAGUAACAAUGCUUAUAUAGAAAUUCAACAAACUCCAAAGAAAUCAAAAUUAAAAUUUGAAAAUGAAUCUCGAUCAUUAUACUCAAAUUCUACUAACAGAUUAAGUUUAAGUUUAGAAUCAAAGAAGAUAUCAAAUAAUAAAAAUUUUAUUAGGAGAAGUGUAUCUGUAUCUCAAACACCGCCAUUUAAAAAUGAAUCUAAUUUAUCAAUGUUUAAUAGUAAAAGUACAUCUCAAUUAAAAGAAAUAACAAAACGAUUUUCUAGUGAUCCUAGUUUUACAAAACCAGAAUCAAAUAAAGAGAUUAUUACAAAUAAUGAUAAAAACAUAUUACAAAAAGAUUUACAGAGAGAAAAAUCUUCUACAAUAAGUACUGUUAGAAAUAAAUUUAAGAAAAAAGUUAAUACUAAUAUCAUAAACAAAAAGGGUCCAAUGAAAGCUAUUCUUCCUAUAGGAAAUAUGCAAAAAAGAGAAACUAUUAAUAAAAAAUUAACUUCAUCUAUUGGAACUACAACACCACCUCAGUCUCAUAAAAUAAUUAGUAGUACUCCUAAUUCCACAAAUAAUGAACUUUUAGCAAAAAAAUCACGAUCUGCGAAACCAGUUGCUUCGUCAACUCCAGAUGCUCAAAAUUCUAAAAUACAAAAAGCACAAUCACAAAUAAUUAAUAGUCCUAAAAAACGUAACUUUUCCUGUGAUAUUUCACCUGUAACUACACGCAUAAAUAUUAGUAAUUGCAAUGGAAUGAGUAAUAAUUUACAAAGAAAUACUAAAUUACCAUCUCCAAAGAAAACAACACCUAAACGCCGAACAACAGAAUCUGGUAUUCCAAAAAUACAGACUCCACCUAUAAACAAAAGUUUAAAUUCUUCGUUUGAAGUUAAUCAAUAUGAACGUUUAUAUGAAUCUCCGAAACGUUCAAUAUAUAAACAAUCAAAUUCGCAAAAAAAUUCGCCAAUUUCUUUUAAAAAUAACGGAAAUAAUAUACAACGAAGUCCAUUAAGAGAUAAUAAUAAAAUUGUUCAGAAAGUAAAACCGAUAAAUUUGAUUUCGAAACUUCGGCGCUAUAGUAAUUCAAAUAUAAUGGACAAAGAAAACAGUUACGUUUAAUUUAUAAAAAGUUCUGUUAUAAUUAAUACUUGUGUUUUUAAACGUUCGUAACAUUUAUUACAAUAUGUGAACUUUUUACAUUUAUGUUUUGCAAUAAAAUAUUUGGAAAAUAAA